CCCCCCCCCGCCUCCCUCUCCCUCCUUGCCACCUCGCAAUCUUGUCGACCAAGAGCAGUAUCAUGUCCUCCGACUACCCCUCCUUCAAGGAGGUCUACGGGUCACCGUGGUUCUUCCUGCGGACCAUCUUCCCCGACCUGGUUGGCCUGCUGAUCAUCGGUGUCAGUUAUAUUAUCACAUACUUCCUCCUGCCGUUGCAUGAGCGCCCCCUCCCGGGCGAGAUCCCCCCGCCGGAGACUUGGCUGCCGGUGGCCGAGCCGGAGCGCGUGCCCAACGCCAUGCUCAUCAUCAUUUGCCUUGUAUGCCCGACUCUGAUUGUCCUGCUUGGAUCCCUCAUGCGCCACCUCCGCCGCCGCCGCCCGGACAUCGUUGAGGCCAUCAUCUGCUUCGCCACCAUCGUCGGUAUCACUCUGCUGGCCACCCACAUUUUCAAGGAGUAUGUCGGCCGCUUCCGGCCGGACUUCUGGUCUCGGUGCAUGUACGACGCCGUCACCAAGACCUGCACCGGGGCCAAGGAGAUCGUCGAUGAGGGCCGCCGGUCCUUCCCCUCCGGCCACUCGUCUUUCUCCUUUUCGGCCCUCGGCUUUGCCGGGCUCUACAUCUACGAGAACAUCGAUCUCCUGAGCAACGACCUGAUCCCCUGCGGUCGCCGUGCCGGGCUCGGCAGCCGCGGCUUCGGCCUUCGUGCCGUGUUGGCCUCCAUCCCCUUCGUCGGUGCUGGCCUCAUCGCCCUCAGCCGUGUCGUCGACAAUCGCCACCACCCGGGCGACAUCCUGGCCGGUGGUAUCCUCGGCUUGAUUGUUCUCUUCGUCGUGUUCUACUCUUACUUCCCCGUCGAGCGCCAUUACAACCGCCCCCCCCAGGAUUAUCGGUUUCUGUCGCCCUCCGAGGACGGUUUCCCCCUGAACUCUCUCGGCGAUCGUAGCUCCGGCUCCAACAUUUCCCCCGUCUAGACGGCGAGACUGCCUUCUUUCUUUCUCCCUCUCUCCCUCCCUCCCUCUCCUUUCCUCCUCCUCCCCUCUGCCUUCAUUCCCCUUCCUCUCCCCCUCCGACCACCCGCGCGCACUCAGGUGCUCAUGGUUUCUGAACUUGUGUGAUCUUCUUCUCCUUUGUCCUUGAUUAUCGCCUCCCUCCCCUCCCCCCGCUGCUGUCGUCCCGCCUCCGGUGCAGUGCCGCCUUCCUCCUGCCUCUCCCUUCUCCUUGGUGUGUGGGUCGAAUCACUCCCAUUUGGCAGAAUGUCGACACCCUGUGGACCGGCGCCCUCGCUUUCCCGCCUCCGGCAGCCAUAUGCCCCUCCCUGAGCUCUUCGCCUUGGUGGUGGUGGUGGUGGUGGUG